UAUUAUUUUGGCAGGCUGUGAGAAGUUAAUCUUCUUCUCCAGCAGCGGCUUAGCUUCUUUUCUGUUCUGAGAGGAAGCCAAAAAAGGAGACCCCAAGCGGCCAUGAACUCUGCCAUCCCCACCUGUGAGAACCCCAACCCCUUGCAGAGGGGUGAUGGUGUGCUCAGCUCCCAUGAAGGUGACAAAGGCAGGAAGAAGGAUGGCCAGCUCAAGAGUCCCAGCAGCAGCCACCUGGCUUAUGGUAUCCUGGAUAUCCCACCAUGGUAUCUCUGCAUCUUCUUGGGGAUCCAGCACUUCCUCACGGCCCUAGGGGGGCUUGUGGCAGUGCCGCUCAUCCUGGCUAAGGGCCUGUGUUUGCAGCAUGAUCCCCUGACCCAGAGCUACCUCAUCAGCACCAUUUUCUUCGUCUCUGGCAUCUGCACCCUCCUGCAAGUAUUUUUAGGAAUCAGGCUGCCCAUUCUCCAGGGAGGGACAUUUGCUUUUUUGGGACCCUCCCUGGCCAUGCUGUCUCUUCCCACCUGGACGUGCCCCACGUGGACCCUCAAUGCCAGCCAGGUGAACACCAGCUCACCUGAAUUCACUGAGGAAUGGCAGAAGAGGAUCCGAGAGCUGCAGGGAGCUGUCAUGGUUGCCUCCUGUGUCCAGAUGCUGGUGGGCUUCUCCGGCCUCAUUGGCUUCCUCAUGCGCUUCAUCGGCCCCUUGACCAUUGCUCCCACAAUCUCCCUGGUGGCCCUGCCUCUCUUCGAUUCCGCGGGUGACGACGCCGGGAUCCACUGGGGGAUUGCUGCCGCGACCAUCUUCCUCAUCGUGCUGUUUUCUCAGUACCUGAAAAACAUCGCAGUGCCCGUGCCCGUUUAUGGACGAGAGAAGAAGUGUCACACCUCUAAGUUCUACCUGUUUCAGGUCUUCCCUGUACUGCUGGGGCUCUGCAUCUCGUGGCUGCUCUGCUUUGUGCUCACAAUCACCGAAGCCCUCCCUUCAGCACCCACAGCCUACGGGUACCUGGCCCGCACUGACACCAAAGGCAACGUCCUGAGCCAGGCUCCGUGGUUUCGCUUCCCUUACCCAGGUCAGUGGGGCCUCCCCACCGUCAGCCUGGCUGGGGUCUUUGGGAUCAUUGCAGGGGUAAUCUCCUCAAUGGUGGAGUCAAUAGGCGAUUAUUAUGCCUGUGCCCGCCUGGUGGGGGCACCACCCCCUCCGAAGCACGCCAUCAACCGAGGCAUCGGCAUCGAGGGCCUGGGCUGCCUGCUGGCAGGGGCCUGGGGGACAGGGAAUGGCACCACCUCCUACAGUGAGAAUGUGGGCGCACUGGGCAUCACCAAGGUAGGAAGCAGGAUGGUGAUUGUCGUUGCGGGCUGCGUGCUGCUCCUGAUGGGCAUAUUUGGGAAGAUCGGGGCUGCAUUUGCCACCAUCCCGACACCUGUGAUCGGAGGCAUGUUCCUGGUGAUGUUCGGGGUCAUCACUGCCGUGGGGAUUUCCAAUCUCCAGUACGUGGACUUGAACUCAUCCAGAAACCUCUUCAUCUUUGGCUUCUCCAUCUUCUGUGGGCUUGCCAUUCCCAACUGGGUGAACAAGAAUCCAGAGAGGCUCCACACAGGGAUUAUUCAGCUGGACCAAGUCAUCCAGGUGCUGCUGACCACGGGCAUGUUCGUUGGUGGAUUUCUGGGAUUUCUGUUGGACAACACCAUCCCUGGAAGUCUGGAGGAGAGAGGCCUUCUGGCAUGGAAUCAAGUCCAGGAGGAGUCUGAGGAGACUACGAAGGCUUUGGAGGUCUACGGCCUCCCCUGGGGGAUCGGCACCAGGUUCUGCACGUCCUCCUGCGCCCAGUACCUCCCCUUCUGGCCCCGGGAAGGCGCGGUGGGAGUGAGCCAGCUCUCGCUCUGGCCCUGGGACUCCUCAGGAGAGCGGCCCCCGAGCGCCACAGACACCCGGAUGUGAGACGGCUCCUUCUGCACGGCCCCACCCAGUGUGCUCCUCGCCCCACCCUCUGUGGGAGGUACCCUGGCGUCCUGAGCGCCUCUGCACCCCACACAUGGUGGCAGAGUUAGAUACGUGUUAGAUGAAGGCCAGGCAAGCGUGCUGUGACCCCUUCAGCGAGGCAGCAAGGCCUGGCCUCAAGCUACAUCCUUACACCGUGCUCAGCCCUCCCGUCUCCCGGGUAAACCAGGGCAAACCGGUGUCCACACAGAAAGCCUCUAGGCAGUAUUUUGAUGCGUUGGGAGGCAGAGGCUUUGGGUGGGGCAGGGAACAGAGAUGGGGCUGUUAGCUAAAAGGUGACAAUAACAUUUCUCUUCCUCCGCAAAGAAGUAUGAGGCCUGCUGACCCCUCCCAUCCAGGUUCCUCCCAAUCAGGCCGCUCCCCUCCAGGCCCCUGCCAUUUGUAAACGCUGUGCUUGUGCUAAGUCACUUCAGUCGUGUCCAACUUUGACUCUGUGAAACCCUAUGGACUGUAGACCGCCAGGCUCCUCUGUCCAUGGGACUCUCCAGGCAGGAAUAUAGGGGUGGGUUGCCACUUCCUCCCGCAGGGGAUCUUUGCACCCAGGGAUGGAACCCACCUCUCUUACCUGUCCUGCCUUGGCAGGCAGGUUCUUUACCACUAGUGUCACCUGGGAAGCCCCUGUAAACCCUGAAGGGUCUGCAAAGCUACAGUCCCUGCAUAUCCCCAGUGCUAGUCCUUGGCGUCAGAUAGUGCAUCACAGGAUGGUAUAGUGAGGCAGUGAGCACUGGGGGUGUGGAGUCAGAUGGCACCAGGUUUGGACCUAAGACUUAACCUGCACUGCAGGUUCUCACAGGGACAUGAAACAACCAAAGCCUUUGAAAGGCCUUCAGUGGAGUGGAGACACUGUUGUCAUGAUUUAUAAACUAUACAGAGCCAGGUGAACCUGUUCUCUCUGCAUCCUCAAUGGAUUAGUCAGGAUUCUCUAGAGAAACAGAGCCAAUAGGGUGUCUGUGUACAUACAUAUAUAUAUAUAUACAUAUAUGUCUAGAGAUAUAUAUGUACACACACACAUAUGGGGAAGGCAGAUGGAGAGAUUGACUUCAGGAUUGGGCUCAGGUGAUUGUGGAGGCUGGCAAGUCUGAAGUCUGUAGCGCAGGCCAUGCAGGCUGGGACGAGUUGCAGCUGGAAUCUGAAGGCAGUGACUGGAAGAAUUCCCUCUUCCUGAGGGAGGUUAGGGCUUCCCUGAUAGCUCAGUUGGUAAAGAAUCUGCCUGCAAUGCAGGAGACCCUGGUUCGAUUCCUGGGUUGGGAAGCUCCACUGGAGAAAGGAUAGACUACCCACUCCAGUAUUCUUGGACUUCCUUUGUGGCUCAGCUGGUAAAGAAUCUGCCUGCAAUAUGGGAGACCUGGGUUUAAUCCCUGGGUUGGGAUGAUCCAAGGUGAAAGGCUAUCCACUCCAGUAUCCUGGCCUGGAGAAUUCAGGGCCACGGGGUCGCAAGAGUGGUCUGUUUGGUCCUUCAACUUAUUCGAUGAGGCCCACCCACACUAUGGAGGGUAAUCUGCUUUACUCAAAGUCUGCUGAUUUAAAUGUUAAUCUCUUCUUAAAAAAAAAAAACAACACCUAAAACCUUCAUAGAAAUAUCUAUAAAAAUGUUUGACCAAGUACCUGGGUAGCAUGGCCUUGCCAAGCUGACAUGUAAUAAUAACCAUCACCCCCAGUACACAGGCCCAAGUGCACUGAUGCAUUCUGCCCAGCAGCCUCACCAAAAAGCAUUCCAAGUACUGUGGGACCUGACAUGGACUCCAUUCAGGAGUCUUUAUUGUCAGAAGAAGCAAAUAUAGGUGAUUCUGCCUUGGCGUCUUGGAGCACAAGACUGAGGUCAGCAUUGCUCCUGGGCUUUUAGAGCUUGCAGGAUGUGAGGUGGACACCAGAGCUCUCUAGAACCUAUCAACACAAUGCCCUGAACCAGGUGUGCUGCAAGUACCCAGUGUCAUGGGACAGAUCCUGGCCCUCCUGUUCUUGAAAGACUCAUGGCCUGGUCCUCAGGUGCAUCUGGUACCCCCUGCAGCAGGCCAGCACCUCAUUCAAAACAACCCUGAAAGACAGACACACAACCACACUAUUCUCAAAUACUUUAUAACAACCAGAAACUACAACCAUCAAAAUGCUUUCGGGGCAGCCCACUCCAAAACGCCAAGGCAGGGGCAACUUGGGCUGCCAGAACUCAAAGCCGGAGGCCUCCAGCCUCCUCCAUCCCCUCCUGCUUCCAGCCCUCUUGCAUCACAGAUCUUCAUCGUCAAAUGUCUCCGUGCACCUCAACAUUAUCAUCUCAUCGUCAACGGGAAGGUCCGGUUCCUGCAAAACACCAGUAGAAGAGGAUUCAAGUUUUAUUUGAGGGCUCCAGGCCUCAGGUGGGGGAGAUGGCCCCACCAUCUCAGGCAUGCCUCCUCCCUCUGCUUCUCCCCCACAUCUCUUCAGCGGUAUCUUCUCCUCCAGCUUCCAGCCAGGAAGUUAAGAGCAAUGAGGGGCAGGGAGUCCAUUUCCAUUUCACUCGACUCCAUACUCUACAGUCUCCAGAAGGGCUUCUCCUGGAUACAGUAGAACUGGCUUCUCUCCUCUCCUGGGGAUUUCUAAGAACGCAUGAGUGAGACAGGGGCAAUCUUAAAGCUUUAUCCAGAUGCCCUCAACAGAGGAUGAUGAAUUAUACCAUGAUGCACCCACCCAUGGAAUACUCUGCAGCUGUUCCAAUAAAAGGAAUGGGAUCCUUC